AGAAUUAGACCCCAUCAUCCCCUAGGCGUGGGAAAGCCCUAAAUAUCUCCCAAAACCUCAUUUUACUCGUUUUUCUUCCAAUAGGACACACAUCAGAAAUCAUCGAUCCUGGCUUAUUUUCCUCUUUCUGCCAUGGAAUAGUACUUUGUUACAUAUUUCCGCCCAAGCAUAAGCUGAAGCUUUGUACCGAUACUAAUUAUUCCAAUAAAGUAGCUAAAUAUAUGCAGAGCAAGUGGAGAGGAGCGGGAGAUUGACGAUCUAUUUCACAUGAGUAAUUGAUAAGAAAAGAAGUGAUAUAAUCGCGAGAGAGGAGGCGCCAAGGAAAGGUGAUGUAUCUCACAUUCAAAAUGUGUAAUUGCUGAUAUAAGAAGAUCCCACUGGCUUGUGGGUGCCUCUCUUUCUGCCAAUUAAGCGAACAGGCUGAUUGCUGGAAUGCAGGUACAGAAAGAGGAGGAAAAUUGAGUUAGCUGGUGGAUUUCGUUUCUGGGCGAUAGCUUGUGAGGAGGUUAAUAAGCAUUCUGUGUAGCCACUGAAACAAUUGGGUUGUGUUCAAUGUGGACGAAAUGGACGGUUAUUUUGAGACAGAGACAGAGGACGUGAAUAUGACAGAUGCAGAUGGUAUUGCCAGUGAGUCAGAAGUCCCAGAGGUAGUCAAGGCCUGCCAUGAUAAACCCAUUUUGAAGGAGGACGAGAAUGAAGAAAAGGAAGGAAAGGAAGAUGAUAAACCCAUUUUGAAGGAGGACGAGAAUGAAGAAAAGGAAGGAAAGGAAGAAAAGGAACAUCAUUUGGCAAAAAGACUAAAAUCAAGCGGGGAGGGGGGCGCAAGUUUGAGUUUAUCUUCAGUUGACGUGGGCAUAAAGCAGGCAGCGGAGGUGGUGCUAAUUCUUUCGAAUAUGGCACAGAUGAGGGCAGGCAGACCCCCCACAGAGAUUGAAAGAGAACUUAUGGUCAAAGCACGCCACCAAAUUGGAUUUUUGGUUGGAAAUUUGCUACUUCCCAAGGACUUAGUUUCCAGAGAAGUUGUUGGGAAUAUGAUAGACGACCUUGGCCUCAACAAGUUGAAGCAGGAUCACCCGGUAACGCCAGGCCCAAGAAAAUCAAUAGCAGAAAGAGCAUCAGAUACAAUGAAAAAGAUUGAAAAAGCAAAGCUGUCAACAGUGAAUACAUCAAUGGUACCACCUUCAUUGUCUAAAGCAGAGCGUGAACCUGCCAACAUUUUAAUUAAUGGCAUCUCAGUUGCAUUACCAGCUCAAGUGAUGCAAGCAGGUUCAGGGAAAAAUUCAGUAUCAAUUUCACAACCACUUCCCAUUUUACAACCAUUUAUGCCAGCUAUUUCUGCUAUCGCCCAGACUCCAAUUUCACAACAUGUUCAAAUUGAGACAAGGGCUUCUAAUUUAAGUACAGCUUCAGUUGCACCACACCCCAUCGGUGCACUGACAUCAGCUAUCAUUUCACAGGCUCAGGUUUCACUGACGGCACCGGUUGCAGCAUUGGCUCCUAUCUUACGAGCUGAGGACCGAACAGAGACACGGCCGACGGUAGUUGGUCAACCAGGCACAACUGUGAUGUCAUCUGUCCUAGAGGCACAUUCGGUACCAGCUAAAAUGCGUGGGCAGGUGUUGAAGCCGUUGGCAGUUCUUGGUACAAUAUCUGAUAAAAAAUCAGUACCUCUGUCUUCGGAGACAACAACCACAGUUGUUAGAGAUCAUUCUAAGGGUUCUAUGCUUUCCCCUUCUAAGGUUCCUGGCAUCGUUCAGACCUCUAUAUCAUUGGAAAACUCUGGUAAGGAUGUUGACUUGCCAGCACAACCUUCAUCGAAUGUCAAAGAAACUCAAAAUCUCAACGAGUUUCAUAUUACUUCUCCCCAAUUUGAACAGAAAGAUUUUAAAGGUGUAUCAACGGCCACUGCAUUUCUUAAUCAUCAAACAACGCAGGUUCCUCCACAAGGUCUAAAACUAUCUGAUUCUGUUGCAAUUCGUGCUAAUCAUGCUGACAUUGCUCAAAAUGUUCAGAAGAUCCUCCAAGCCAGGCCUCCAGAUCUUCGCCAGUGGGAACCUCCCUCAAAGGCCUACAUGAACGCAUCUGUAACAUGUCAAGUCUGCAAGAUCAAUGUUCUUGAUAUAGAUACAAUACUGGUCUGCGAUUCUUGUGAAAAAGGUGUUCAUCUAAAAUGCCUUCAAGCAUACAACCAAAGGGGUAUCCCUAAAGGUGAUUGGCAUUGUCCAAAGUGCUUGGUUGCAAGUGGUGGGCGCCCAUUGCCUCCCAAAUAUGGACGUGUUGGUAAGAGUUCUUUUGUUCGUCGAACACCUGCAAGUGCAAACAAAAGUAGCCCUCUAGCUUCUGUUGGGAAGAAGAUGGAAACUGCCCAUUCAAAGUCUCCUCAUCAUACAGCUGUAUCAAUUGGCUUAAAUGCUCCGGAGAUUCCUAUUCAUGUUGAUCUGACUAAUACCAACAACAGGCAUAUGCAUGCUACAGGAGAUAACAGUGGGGAGCUUAAACCAAAGUCUGAAAUGCUUUUGGUCCAAAACAUAAAGCAAGAAGGAGGAUUGAAUGAACCCAUCAAGCAGGAGUCAUCAAAAGAAACUGCCGACAGUUUUACUGGUCUCUCAGGGCCUCUCUCAGGGAAAGAGAAUCAGUGCAGCCCAAAGAAUGAAGUUUUUGGCAGUCAUGUUUUGCCUGAAGAUUCUCGAUAUAAUCAGCAUUCAAAGAUGAAUUUGCAUGUUGCAAAGCAACCCCAAACCUUAAGUAAUUCACAAGGUGCAGACAGAUUAAAAAUGGAGCAAGCAGUUAGUGCAGUGAGAAAUGUCAUGCAAAGCACUGCAAUACAGCAAUUGCCUGCAGAAGCAGAAGGGUUGCCAUUUUCUCCAUUUGCUAUAGAAGGACAAACUUCUAAAGACAUAGGCGAUAUUUCUAAGAAAGUUGAAGAUGCUCAGCAGAGUGGGUUGCACAAAUCAACCAUAUUUGAAACGAAAUCAUUAGUUGAAGCGACUGACCCAAGCAGGGCUACUGAAGAGGAUGAUGCAUACUGUGUGGAAUGGGUUGGUGACAAACUGUAUGUUGUAGGAGGGAAGACAUAUUACCAAUCAUGUUCUGUAAAUGGGGUUUCCUAUAGACUACAUGAUUAUGCUUUGUUUCGCCCUGAAAUUCCUAAUGUUCCUCCAUACAUUGCAAAGCUUCAGGUUUUAUGGGAGGAUGAUGAUACUGGGUCAAAGUGGGCACGAGUGAACUGGUUUUACUAUCCCAACGACAUCCCGCAGACGGUGAGCCGUCCAACAACACCGGAAAAGGAUGAGGUUUACGAAUCAAACCAUGGAGACAACAAUCUGGUGGGUUCUAUCCAAGGUCCUUGUCAAGUUCUUUCUUUUGAGAAGUAUACAGAAGAGAUUGAGAAGAGAAGAGAACUUAAGGAAGGAGGAAACGACAGCGAUACAUUUCACCCAGUCUUCUUGUGCAAGUGGUUUUAUGAUGCACCAGAGGGAGUUUUCCGGCCGGUUAAACAUUGACAUAUUUAAUAAUUAAUUAUGAUGUAUACUGGUGGGUGAUGCCAAAGUCUUAAAUUUCUGCUGAUAGGCAAUUUGUAUUCUAUACAGCUGGAUAUUUUUCUUGAGAUGUGAUGAUUGCCAUGCCACACCAUUGGUUCAAUGGUUGCAAUGUUUGGUUAUGUGCAUCGUGAUGUCUUGUGUAGCCUAUAAUUUCUUAUAUGUGACUUUUGCUACCCACAAUACAAGAAGCUUCUCUUCCGGAGGGAGGUCAAUAUGAGUAAAUUCUUCUGUAUUUUUGAAUCUGGGGUAUUCAUCUUUUGUUGCAUUACAAUUAUUAAUUACCAUCUGCUCAAGUGAAAAUACAAUUGUCUAGACUCAAGGUGAUGCUUUUAUUUCACGUAUUUCCAUUUUACUGAAGCUGCAUUCAAACUUCAGUCAGUUUAUCUGCACAAUCUGCUUGAGUGGAUGCAGAGUUAUUGAAAAAAGUGAUCAUGUGCACCUGUAUAUCUAGUUUCGUGAACUGCCUUCUGGAUGUAGAAGAAUCAAAUACUGAUAUUUGAUCUCAUUUUGACCUUGUAAUCAUAUUUUUUUGCAAAUGCAAAUUUGUAUCAAAGCUCACAA